AUGGAGAUGUACGAGUCUAACUCUAAUAGCUAGCAAAAUAAAAGUGAAGAGCCAAUACCUCGAGAUUACCAAUGGAUUUUUGAUAAUUAGCCAGAGCUUGAUUAUAAUUAGUUGGAAAGUAGAUAUGUCUCACUUACUUGCAGUAUUGAAAAAUAAAAUUAUCAAAUUAGAAAUAUACAGUUCAUUUUUUCUAGAAACUAGAUGCUUGUACUCUAGAAGCAUUAGGAAAAUAACACUUCUAUUCUAGAUUUAAUUGAUAUGAUAACAAAUGAGAUUCUUAAAAGUUUUGAAUUAGAAGAUUCUGAUUAGAAUGUUUUUUACGAACUUGAAUUAGAUAAUAUGUAUGAUAGAGAUGAAAAGUACUUACUUAGAAUCAACAUAAGCGGUUAAACAAUCAUAAAUGUAGCUAUACUGAAUGAAUUCAGUGUUGCCAUAAAAUGUAAUGAUAACUUUAAUCUUUACAUGCUAGAUUAGUAAAUGGCAAUGAAAUAGGUUGUCUAACUGUCUUAAGCUAGUGCAAAUAUAUAAAAAGUAGAUGCAAGUUACAACAAGUUCUAUAUCUAGCAUUCAUACGUUUAAUAGCAGGGCUUAUUUUAUGCCAUCAUAAUACUUCAAAAUUUGCUAUCUUAACGUGAACUCACACAAUAAAAUUAAUAUUAUUCUGGAAAUCAUGACAUGAUUCCUUCCAUUUACCAGGGUUAACCAUUAUAAAUCAAUGACUGCAUAAACUAAACAAAAAAUGUGUAUUUCUAUGAGACAAAAAACAAGAAUAUUAUCUUAGCUCAAGACAUUAAAACUGGCAACAUUAGAGAAAUAACCUUAGAAUACUUAAACAAUUGUCUAAAUAAUGUCUUGAUAAAUGAAGAUUUUCAAGAUGAUAAAAACUUUAUUGAGAAAAUUAAGUCCCCUUCGUUUGUCUCAUACCAAAUUAUUAUUGAAAUUUAGCCGCACGAUAUUCUUAUCUAAAUCGAAAAUGAGACAUAUAUCACUCUGAACAACAAUAGGAUAAUUGAAUGGAAUACUUUCAGAUAGUUUUCACAAGAUGACUUCGAAAAAAAUGGACCUAUUUGCCUUAUGUCUGAUAGCUAAUAUGAAAAAAUAUAUGUAUUGCAAAUAAUUUCAAAAAAUAAGGUCAUCUAUUACAAUAAAAUGACUCAAGAGUAUAAAGCUUUGGAAUUCUAAGAUGAAUUACCUGAAGGUAAUCCACAUAAAGCUUACUUUGAUGAUUUAUAAGGAAUUCUAGUUAUUUUUUAUCUAAACAAGAUCUUCGCACUAAAUUUAGAGACCAAGAAAAGCAUCAGAGAAAUAUCUGAAUAUGAAUUCUCUUCAAAAAAUUCAAUAUAAUCUACAUUUAUAGGGCAAGGAUAUAUUUAACUUGGAUUAAGAAAUCAAACUUUGAUUUUCUUUCUAAAGCACCUUUAAGUUCAUAAAAUACUCUUGAUAAAUAUUCCCGAGGGUCUGGAAGUCUAGAGAUGCUACUAAACCUUUAUUAAUAAAAAUGCAUAUUACCUUCUAAGAAAAAGUCAUGGUGAUGGAAAAUGUGAACUUUAUACCAUGAUGCAGAAUUGCAUUGAAUAUAUGAAUAAUUAACUCUAUCUCAAUAACCCCUUACACCUCUCCUUAUACUUUGAAAAUUCUUAAAAAAUAUAAAUAGAUUCAAGUCUUGUGAAACUUUAUAUCUAAGGGGAACAGACAAUGGCUGGUUUCUUUGAUAUUGAAAUUUCAGAUAACUUGAUUGAUAAAUAUAGAUUUAUCAGCAAAAUGAGUAACGAUGAAGUUAUUAAGUAGCUAUAAAAAAAUCUCAGUAUGUAUUUAAAGUUUAUUUCAGGCUAUGGUAAUUGUUUUAACAUUUUCCAAAAUAACUUAGUGGUAUUAGAACAAAUUACUAAAUAGCUGUCAUUAAUGGAAAAAACUACUUUACCUAUACUAAUUUGUCCCACAAUGUUAGGCUAGGGUACACCACUAGAAUUCUCAAUUAAAAAUCGGUAGCAAAAAAUAAUCAAUUUAAUCCUUGAAAUUAUUCUCAAAUAUCAAGAGCAUUUAAUGUACAACUAAAUUAUUGAUAAGAAUCUAUGUGAACUCAUAAAACAAGAUAUUGAUUUGAGUGAAUACUUUGAUAGCACAAUGCCUUAUUAUCAAAUAAUAGACAAAGCAUUCCCAAAUUAGCACAAAAAUGACAAAGAAUUAAUUACUGGAAUCAAUUUGAACCAUCCUAAAGAUAUUCAUACAAAGUAUGAGGAAUUAUAUAGUGACAAGCUAGAGAAUUAAAAGACUAUUGAUGGUGAAGAUGCAUUGGUCUCAAUUGAAUAUUACUUGGUAAACUUGCCAAAGACAAUACAGAGUAAUCCAAGAGAGCUAAUGAAAGUUUUGAGUGAAACCGAUAAACCAGAAUACUUUGAAAACAAGAUAAUCCAAACUAUAAUUAAAUUCAAAUGGAAUGAGAAUACGAAGGCAUUUUAUCAGUAGAAAUUCUAUAUUUACCUGAUUUUCAUGGCUUCGUUUGUCCUAGAUAUAUUCUAUACCACUUAUGCAUUCUAAAAGAUAACCGAGACAUCUGAAAAUUAAGAAAAACAAAUUGCAGAAUCAUAACCAAAUAUAUGGUUAAGGAUCAUAACAAAGAUAGUAUGUUCAUUAGUUUUACUCUACUUUUUUGUUCUCGAGGUGAGGCAGUUGCUGAUUCAAAAAUUAGCAUAUUUUAACGACGGCUGGAAUUAUUUUGAUUUUUCUCUAAUGAUAUCAUUUGCUGCACUUUGUAUAUUAGAAUUCAUAAUGGAAGACUAAAAUGACCUUAUCUUAAUUAAGGUUCUGGUUAUAAUUCUUUCAUUUAUGAAGCUAUUUUACUUUUUGAGAAUUUACGAUGGCUUCAGCUUCUUAGUCCAAAUGAUGGCAGGAGUAUUCAAAGAUCUCAAGUACUUCAUUGGCUUCUUUCUAAUAAUUAUCUUAUAAUUUGGAAUGAUAUUCUUGGUUUUAUUUAAAGCAUAGCCAAUUGAUGAGUAUAAUGGAGUUAACAAGUUGGCGUAUUUCUUGAUUGCAUUUAGAAUUUCUUCAGGAGAUUUCUAUCUUGACGACUAUUAGAAUUAGACUGAUGUAAUAGUCAUAUUUUCUUGGAUCAUUUGGAUUUUUGCUGUAUUGACAUUGAAUAUUGUAUUUAUGAACUUCAUAAUUGCUGUCAUAUCAGAGUCUUAUGAAAGAGUAAUGUAGAAGCUCGUAGCAGAAUCUUAUAAGGUUAAAGCAAAUAUGAUUGUGGAAAGAGAAUAGCUAUUCUCAUAAAAAGAAUUAGAAAAUAAGGUAUUGUUCCCCAAUUACAUUGUAAUAAGGAGAGUGGCAAGGCUUUAUCAAGGACCUUAAGUAUACCAUAAGAACAUCUGUCACUAAAUCUAAAAUGGAAAUCUUAAACAAUCUUAACUCUUAGCAAUAAAAUUAUCAAAAUCAGCUGCAAAAAAUUCCAGGAGCCAUUUAAGAUUUCAUGCUUUAAAAUAAUAAACAGCUUAACCUUAAUGA